AUGGAGGUUAGAUCAGAGGGUUUUCAAGUGAUGUAUGAUAAGCUUCAUGCUCCUGUGAUUCCGAGGAGCCGUUUUCGGUUUUGGUUCAUUCGAGUUUGUUCAAGCAUUGUUCUGUGGACAUGUUUGGUUCAGCUUGUUACAGUGAGUGAACUAUGGCAUUCCAAUUUUUUUACUGGCUUAACAAGUCGUAUAUAUCACACAACGCAACGUCCUAUUCAAGACGAUAUUAGACUUACUCAAUCGCCUCCAACUAUACUUCCUGCAAGAAAUUAUACUAGUAAUGGUUUUCUAAGAGUGUCCUGCAAUGGGGGUUUGAAUCAAAUGCGUGCAGCGAUUUGUGACAUGGUGACAGUUGCUCGGCUUUUGAACCUCACAUUGGUUGUUCCAGAGCUGGAUAAGAAAUCCUUUUGGGCAGACCAUAGUGGCUUUGAGGAAAUAUUUGAUGUAAAGCAUUUCAUUGAUUCUUUACAAGAUGAAGUUCGAAUAGUGAAAAGAGUUCCCAAAAAGUUUAGUAGGAAAGGUGGAUACUCCACCAUGGCGAUGCCUCCUAUUAGCUGGUCAAAUGAAAAGUAUUACUUGGAGCAGAUUCUGCCGCUUUUUGCCAAGCACAAGGUGGUACACUUCAAUAAAACAGAUGCACGCCUAGCAAAUAAUGGUCUUCCAAUUGAUCUACAGAAACUUAGGUGUCGUGUUAAUUUCCAGGCACUUAAAUUCACUUCUCAAAUUGAGAAUCUGGGGCAAAAAUUGAUUCAGAUACUUCACAAGAGGGGACCUUUUGUGGCAUUGCAUCUGAGAUAUGAGAUGGACAUGCUGGCUUUCUCAGGUUGUACUCUUGGUUGCACUAUUGAAGAAGCCGAGGAUCUCAAGCGGAUGAGAUAUGCAUUCCCUUCAUGGAGAGAGAAGGAAAUAGUGUCUGAAGAAAGGAGAUCACAGGGUCUAUGUCCUUUGACACCAGAGGAGACAGCCUUAGUUAUGCGAGCCUUAGGUUUUGACCGGGAGACACAGAUCUACAUUGCAGCCGGUGAGAUUUAUGGCGGUGAACGUAGACUUGCACAACUGAGAGCCGCAUUUCCAAAUAUUGUUAGAAAAGAGGCAUUGCUAGCUGUUAAUGAGUUGCAGCAGUUCCAAAAUCAUUCAUCGCAAAUGGCAGCAUUGGACUUUAUGGUUUCAGUAGCCAGCGACACCUUCAUUCCUACCUAUGACGGGAACAUGGCAAAACUUGUGGAAGGUCACCGCAGGUAUAGUGGUUUUAAAAAAUCCAUCUUGUUGGACCGGAAAAAGCUUGUACAAUUGAUUGAUAUGCAUCAAAAUAGAACCCUUCAGUGGAAUGAGUUUGCAGAUGCUGUGCGACAGGCUCACGGAAAGAGAAUGGGACAGCCAAGUUAUCGUAGAGUUAUCGCAGACAAGCCAAAGGAGGAGGAUUAUUUCUAUGCCAACCCUCACGAAUGCCUUUGUGAGGAAACAAAGUGUGAUGAUUUGCUAGGUCCUCAAAACUCUCGUCAAGUAAGAUGA